AAAUAAUUCAAUUCAAUUCAAUUCAAUCAUCUUAUCAUAUCCCAAUUCAUAAGCUACAUCGCAUAGUAACUACAGGAAUCAUGAGUUCAUCUACUUCAGAAAGAAUUCCUUUGCUAACUGGCAAGAUCCCUGAGAAUCCCAUCAUAUUACCUGGUGAUAGUAAAAACCCUGAUAUACUACCGUCAAUUAAUAAUAAUAAUAAUAAUAGACCCAUCAAUAAUACAACCAAUAAAUCCCCUCAUCUUCCUCAAGCUAAUAAAAUUGGAUCCAAAAUAUCUCAAUCAUCCAAAAUCGGUCUCCAAAGAACAAGUAGAACUUCUCAAAAACUUAAAUUAUUACCGGAAGAUCCUCCUGAUUUAGAACAUAAACCAGUAGCUUCGACUGAUGAUGAUGACGAUGAUGAUGAUGAUGAUGAAGGUGGUCUUCAACGGACUAGAGUAUAUUCUCAAGUUAAAAAAAUUACCGAUACUUCAGCCAGAAAAGAUGCUGAAAUAUUAGGUAAGCUGCAUCGUGAUUUAUUACCAAGAGUAACUGCUUAUUGUACUUGUGGUUCAUAUAGAAUGAAAGAUUUAUUAAGAUGGUUAAAAGAUAGAAAGAGAAUACAUAAUACAAGUCCUAAACUUUUCGAUGAAUGUCUUUAUACUCCAUUCAUUUAUAAAGAUUGGAGAAAUGAUUCUGAUCAUAAUAAUAAUCUUAAUAGCAUCAAUAACAAUAAUAAUAAUAAUAAUAACAACAAUAAUAACAAUAAUAACAAUAUCAUCAAUGGUGGUGGUGAAGGCUCAGAUAAUCAUACAUUAAUCAGACUUGCUGAUGAAGGUGGUGAAAUCGAUAUAGGUAGAAAAAAUGAUAUUUUUAUCUUUGAAUAUGGUGUGAUUAUUCUUUGGGGUUAUACUAAAAAGGAAGAAGCUCAUUUCUUAGAAGAUUUAGCUAAAUUUGAAAGUGAAAAAUUAUCAUCUGAAGAUAUUCAAAUUGAAGAAUUUAAUUAUUAUAUUACAAAAUCUUAUCAACCUAGAAUUUAUAAUGAUUUUAUUACUUUAAGAGAUGAUAAUAAUUAUAUGUUAAAAUUAUCAAUAUCUCAUGCUUUAGCUCAAUCGGCUAAAAUUUCUUUAUUUGAAGAAUUAGUCGAUAAUACUAUAGAAGAUACUCAAGAUAUUCCUCAACAAAUCGCUCAUACUGGUAAAGUUGAAAUGACAAGAGAUGAAAUUAUGAAAUCCAUUGGGGAAUUAUUCAUUUUAAGAAUUAAUAUUAAUUUACAUGGUUCAGUAUUGGAUUCUCCUGAAUUAAUGUGGGCCGAACCUCAUUUAGAACCAAUUUAUCAAGCUACAAGAGGAUAUCUUGAAAUCAAUCAAAGAGUUGAAUUAUUAAAUCAAAGAUUAGAAGUCAUUUCUGAUUUAUUACAAAUGUUAAAAGAACAAUUGGGUCAUUCUCAUGAAGAAAAUUUGGAAUUCAUCGUGGUGGUAUUGGUGGGAGUUGAAGUAUUGGUUAGUGUAAUUAAUAUUAUUAUAGAUAUAUUAACCUACUAAGUUUUUUUCUAUUAUAGAAAACUAU